AUGACAUCGCUGAAGGUUCUGGCAGCCCAACAGAAUGAAAUCGAGGACCUACCAUUUUGCAUCUCCGAAAUGACGUCGCUGCUCGCACUCAAGGUCGAUAGCAACCCUUUGAACCCGAUACUAAAACGACUUGUCGAAGCGCAUUCGCUGGACCCUGCACCUGGUGGUAUGAGAGAUAACGAAAGCGCUGAUCUAGUUAUCACGGCCCAGAUCAAGCAGUUUUUGAAACAUGAGGCCAGGCCGGCAGUAGCUUGUACCGCAUCCGAGAAAUAA